AUGUACGCGAGGGGAAUCCUGUUCGGAAAAAUGCAGUACGAAUUAGGCGAUCAUAGCGUGGUAAAAUGCCCCGAGCUAGGCCUUACGGCUGAGAUCGACUUCAAGACCAAGGGAUGGGUCAGCGGUACAUACAACGCGCUCGGAGGAACGAUACGAAACGAACAGACUGGGGAGGCUCUUUUCGAGCUAUCCGGCUUAUGGAGUGAGGAGAUGACCAUCAAAGAUCUCAGAAACGGGAAGAAAGACACAUUCUUCGAUGCUCGAAGAGCUAGACCGUCGAAGCCGCAAGUGCGACCCCUAGAAGAGCAAGAUGAGCGAGAAUCGCAAAAGCUGUGGCAGAAGACGGCGCAAGCGGUGAAGGAGAAGAACCACGAGGUUGCUACUGACGAGAAAACCAAAAUCGAGGAUAAGCAACGUGAAGAGGCGGCAAGCCGAGCGACAGGGGGCGUAGAUUGGCACCCGCGAUUGUUCAGGGCGGUACGUGCCGAUAUCGAUGGCGAGGGGGCAGACAUGGAAAAGCUGGAAUGGAUCAUCAACGCUCAGAUUGACGGCGCAACGCCCGAGAAACAAGCUGAACAGGUCAUGGGCAUAUACCCCAUCAUACCAGGCCAGAACACACGCGAACGAAACAUCGUACCUCCAAACGCCUCCGCUGGGAACCCCAAAACGGCGGGAAAGCCUGCCUCGGAUGACAGACCGGGAGACCUAAUCGACUUCGGCCAGAUCAGCCAGAAUGAUGAUGCUGCGUCGGCACCCAAGCUAGAUAGCAAGCCCGCCACCAAUAUCCACGAUACGAGCACCAACGCUAACAGCAUCCACGACAUGCUCGAAUCUACAGGGCAUAAAUCGGAUGGUCCUCUAAUUGACUUUACAGGCGAUAUGAAGAAGGACUUGCCGCCGGCCAAGGGACCGCCUCCAGCAAUGAAGCGGACCGAGACGGAAGAAAGCAGUGAUGCUUUCUACGAUGCUCAGAGUUGA